ACUGCAACAACCCGAAUAUUAGCACCAAGAUCCGGUCUGAUUUGGAGAUGGUGGGGUACUAUUGUGAAUCGUACCAUCGAAGCAAUUAGAGUCUGAAUUCGUUGCUAUCGACGCUGCGGUGGACCAGCGGUUGACUAUGCACCUGCUUUCAGUUACUUUCCUCACGUCAGAUACUGUUUAUAUAACGAAUAAGUGGAAAAAAACUUCAAUUUUCAUUAAUUUGUCAUGUACCAAAUGGCAAAAUCGGACUCCCGCAAGGUUGACUGACUUCCCAACCGUGGUAAUCGUUGCUUGGAGUUGGUUUGACACCCCACAAUGUAUUCUGGAGUCUCUGGUGUUGAUUCGUGCUCGCCGCAUGUGCUGUGAAAUCAGUGCGUGGAGUGUUCCAAUGCUGUUUACUGUUGAUCCUGAUCAAGGGUAGUGUUUAUGAUGGCUGAUUUUAGCGACGAUCUCUUCCAAGUCUUCGAAGAAAAUAACGAGGAUGUUGUACAGCCGCCAAACGAAACUGACCCCGCUACAGAAUUGUCGGGUAUCGAGAAAAUUAAGAACGAAGACUCUAAGGAACCAAAUAUCAAAAGAGGUCUCGAAGAGGAUGAUGAGCCUAUUGGGAAAAGGCAGAGAAUAGACUCCCUCACUGAGGAUCUGAAUUUGGAAGAGCUAUCUCGCCGUAUAACCGUGCACACAAUUCAAACGAUAGAGUCUUGCACCCACGAGGUGGCGGUACCACCAGGACAUGAGUAUGUGCCCUUGGAAAGGAAAGACGAACCGCUAGCAAAGGAAUAUAAGUUUCUUCUGGAUCCAUUCCAAAAAGAAGCUAUCUUAUGCAUUGAAAACAACCAAUCAGUACUCGUCUCUGCUCAUACUUCUGCUGGAAAGACUGUUGUAGCUGAGUACGCAAUAGCCUGCUCUCUGAGGGAUAAGCAACGAGUUAUAUACACAACCCCCAUAAAAGCUCUGAGUAAUCAAAAGUACAGAGAAUUUUUUGAGGAAUUCAAAGAUGUUGGACUUGUUACAGGGGAUGUUACCAUAAAUCCUACGGCCAGCAUACUCAUCAUGACAACAGAAAUUCUGAGAAAUAUGCUUUACAGAGGAUCGGAGGUCAUGCGAGAAGUUGGUUGGGUUAUAUUUGACGAAAUACAUUACAUGCGUGACAAAGAGAGAGGUGUUGUGUGGGAGGAAACUCUAAUUCUUCUUCCCGAUAACGUUCACUACGUAUUUUUAUCAGCGACGAUUCCAAAUGCUAGACAGUUUGCUGAGUGGGUUGCUCAUUUACACCAUCAACCCUGUCAUGUAGUUUACACCGAUUAUCGUCCAACGCCUCUACAACAUUAUAUUUUUCCAGCAGGUGGUGAUGGAAUUCAUUUGGUUGUUGACGAAAAUGGUGAAUUUAAGGAAGAAAAUUUCAACAGGGCCAUGGCUUACCUACAACAAAGUGGCGAUGCUGCUAAGGGGGAUCAGAAAGGUCGGAAAGGUGGAGUAGCCUCCAAGGCCGCUGCCCAGACUAACAUUUUUAAAAUUGUAAAAAUGAUAAUGGAGAGAAACUUCGCCCCUGUGAUAAUAUUCAGUUUUUCCAAGAAAGACUGUGAAACAUAUGCCAUGCAGAUGGCAAAGUUAGAUUUUAACACUGUAGACGAAAAGCGAUUGGUUGACGAAGUUUUCAACAACGCAAUGGACGUGUUGACCGAAGAAGAUAGGCGACUACCCCAAGUAGAAAACGUACUGCCAUUGCUCAGACGCGGAAUAGGAAUUCACCAUGGUGGCUUACUACCUAUUCUUAAGGAAACCAUCGAGAUAUUAUUUGGUGAAGGAUUGAUCAAGGCUUUAUUUGCCACGGAAACAUUUGCUAUGGGGCUUAACAUGCCGGCAAGAACGGUAUUGUUUACCGCACCGAGAAAAUUCGAUGGCAGAGAUUUUCGCUGGAUCACCUCAGGAGAAUAUAUUCAAAUGUCAGGCAGGGCCGGUCGAAGAGGUCUUGACGAGAAGGGUAUCGUGGUUUUAAUGAUUGACGAAAAAGUUAGCCCAGCGGUCGGCAGAGACAUUGUGCAGGGAAAACCUGAUCCGAUAAAUUCAGCGUUUCACCUGACUUACAACAUGGUCCUUAAUUUGUUGAGGGUGGAGGAGAUAAAUCCUGAAUACAUGCUGGAGAGGAGCUUUUACCAAUUUCAGAAUCAAGCGAGCAUACCGGACCUGUACAAUAGGGUCAAAGAUUUGCAACAACUCUACAAUUCAAUAGUAGUUGAUAAGUUUGUCGAGGUAUCGUCAUAUCAUCACAUCAGAGAACAACUGGAUAAGCUCGGUAGCGAGUUUCGGCAAUACUUGACCAAACCGGAAUAUCUUGUCCCAUUUUUACAACCCGGUAGAUUGAUCAAGGUUAAAAAUGAAACUGAAGAGUUUGACUGGGGGAUCAUCGUUAAUUUCAAGAAGAAAACCCCGAAAAAUCCGAUGAAAGAGAAGACCGUUAUUGUGAUUGAUAUUCUGCUCCACAUAUCCAGCGAAUCGCCGGAGGGAAAUCCUCUCCCGUGUAAAGAGGGGGAGAGCGGGGAAAUGGAAGUGGUUCCCGUUUUACAAUCAUUAAUUUCACAAAUCAGUUCACUGCGUGUUUUUUAUCCAAAAGACUUGCGACCAAGUGACAAUAGAAAAAGCGUAUUAAAAACCAUCCAAGAGGUCAAGAAGCGUUUCCCAGAUGGUCCGCCCCUGUUAAAUCCAAUAACUGAUAUGCACAUCAAUGAACCUGGUUUCAAAGAUAUAAUUACGAAAAUUGAAACACUCGAAGAGAGAUUAUUCGCCCAUGCAUUGCACAAGGAUCCUGAAUUACCGGAAUUGUCAGAACGGUAUUUACGGAAAGAGGAGACCGGAGAAAAACUGAAACAGGCCAAAGCUGAGCUGAAACGCGCCAGAUCCGUACUGCAAAUGGACGAGUUGAAAUGUAGGAAGCGUGUUUUGCGGCGAAUGGCAUAUUGCACAGCCGCCGAUGUGAUAGAGUUGAAGGGCCGGGUGGCCUGUGAGUUGAACGGCGCGGACGAACUUUUGAUGACCGAAAUGAUUUUCAACGGGUUGUUCAAUACCUUGAGCGUACCGCAGAUGGUCGCUCUGAUUAGUUGCUUCGUUUGCGACGAAAAAGGUGCCGAACUGCCAAAGAGUACAGAGGAGCUUAGCGGUCCUCUGAGGCAAAUGCAAGACAUGGCGAGGCGUAUAGCAAAAGUUACAGCUGACGCGAAAUUGGAAAUCGACGAGGAAGGAUACAUCGGGAAAUUCAAACCAUUUAUGAUGGAUGUUGUGUACGCGUGGUGCAAAGGCGCCAAUUUCCUCCAAAUUUGCAAAAUGACCGACAUAUUUGAAGGGUCCAUAAUAAGAUGUCUACGUCGUUUGGAGGAGGUUUUGAGGCAGCUCUGCCAGGCUGCAAAAAAUAUCGGAAAUUCAGAUUUAGAAAAUAAGUUCAGCGAAGGUAUAAAGGUGAUAAAACGGGAUAUCGUUUUCGCCGCCUCGCUGUACUUGUAAAGUGGCAACGAACCACCGAUUGCCGGAUAUCACUUUGGGACCGGACGAAAUUAGCCAAAUAACGUGGACAUACAUCUAUACUGUGGCAUACAGCCACAUCUACCUAUGGACCAUCGACGCAACCUAUUAGUUCUUUCGGAUCUCGAGAGUUUAUAAAUAACGAUUCGAAUUUAAUUUGACAAAAUUUGUAACUUGCAGAUUCGACGGAGACUCAUAAUGUGAUGUAAACAAAUAAAGAAUGUGAUUAGGACUAGAUCACAAAGUAAUGGA